AUGGCUACUACAGUAGAAACAAAGAUCCUCAUCAUCUCAGACACCCACGGCCUGAGUUUCUCCCGGGAUGCCACGCCUAAAGAACGAUUCGAUGUAGCCAUCCAUUGCGGCGACCUCACAGAUCAUUCCAAAGUGGAUGAAUACGAGGAAACACUGAAGCUUCUGCAUAAAAUCAACGCACCACUCAAGCUCGUCAUCGCCGGUAACCACGACUUUUCUCUUGACAGUUCGGCACUCCAUAACAUGAUCGCGGAAGCCAAUCAGAGAUAUGAGGAACCACUUGACUCAUCCUUGGUUAAUAAGGAAUUCGGCGGCGACGGAAAGAUCAGAGAAAUGUUUCAGAAGGCGAGGAGCAGUGGCGUUCGUUUCCUUGACGAGGGUACAUACCAGUUCACCCUCCAGAACGAGGGGGUUUUGAAAGUGUAUGCCAGCCCAUACAUACCAGGAACUGAAGCAUGGGCUUUCCAGUUUGCAGGUGCCCACGAUUUCAACAUUGAGAAAGGGACAGACAUUGCUAUUACUCAUGGCCCACCGCACGGCAUUUUUGACAUAUCAGGAGACAAAAAACGAAUUGGCUGCCCUCAGCUUUUCCGCGCAGUUGCGAAGUCACAGCCUAAGAUUCACUGCUUCGGCCACGUGCAUGGAGGGUGGGGAGCCAAGCUUGUUGCCUGGAGGAAACAGAUCCCGGAAACCCCUACCCACAUGUCGGCAAUCGACAAUGCUAGCUCGGUCGUGCUAGAGAAUCUCGGCCGGCAUAAUGAACCAGAGGACAUUAUGCGAGCCAGAAAAGAGAGAUUUGAACAAUAUCGGUCACAAGGAUACUGCGGGACGAGUCACGGGAUGGGCGAUGAACAUCCCUUAAAGGCGGGUUACACAUUGUUUGUCAACGCGGCAAUCGAAGAUGGCGGGACACUCGCUCGACCGCCGUGGCUUGUUCAGGUUGAUCUGGAGACCGCCAAGUUAGGGGAUUUGGCUGGAACCCUCCAUGAAAAUACAGUACACCCGGCCAACACCCAGAGCGCUUUUGCACCACUAGGAUCAGGAAAGUCGGCAAAGCGAAAGUACGGCUCGGACUCGACAACCGAGAAGACUUACAAAAAUCUCCGUUUGGAAUGA